CGGACGUUGCCGAAGCGCAUUUCGCUUUCUGCGUCAGUUGAAAUAGUGGCGUAGUGGCGUGUGUGUUAGUUCGCUUGUUAGUGGCGGAAACAAAAGUAAAGUGUGUGUUGUUUCCGCGAGGACCGACAUGGCACGGCUGAAUAUAUUUUAUCUUAUCGGGGUGAUGCUCAUAACACAAAGCGCCGCCAUAAUCAGGGUCUCACUUUAUAAAACCAGAACCCUGCGCCGCCUGAUGAGCGACAAUGGCAAGACUGUGGAGGAGCUUCUGGAUUUGGCGAGCAGCGCCGGAGCACCGGUCAGCCAUCCCUCCCCCAAACUGCCUGUGGAGAGGCUGACCAACUUCAUGGAUGCUCAGUACUAUGGGAUGAUCAGCAUUGGCACCCCUCCCCAGGACUUUUCUGUGCUGUUUGACACCGGCUCCUCUAACCUCUGGGUCCCCUCAAUUCACUGUUCUAUCCUCGAUUUGGCCUGCUGGCUUCACCGUCGUUACAACUCAAAAAAGUCGAGCACAUACGUUCAGAAUGGCACACAGUUCUCGAUUCAGUAUGGCAGAGGCAGCUUGUCUGGCUUCAUCAGUGGGGACACUGUCACUGUUGCAGGUCUGCCUGUUCCAGGCCAGCAGUUUGCUGAAGCGGUGAAGCAGCCUGGCAUCACAUUUGCAGUGGCACGGUUCGAUGGGGUCUUGGGUAUGGCCUACCCCUCCAUAUCAGUGGCUAAUGUCAUCCCGGUGUUUGACACAGCCAUGGCUGCCAAGCUGCUGCCCAAGAACAUUUUCUCUUUCUACAUUAACAGAGAUCCAAAAGCAUCAGUAGGAGGAGAGCUGAUCCUGGGUGGGACUGACCCUCAGUACUACAGUGGGGACGUGCACUAUGUCAAUGUCACACGAAAGGCUUAUUGGCAGAUCCAGAUGAACGGAGUUGAAGUUGGCAACCAGUUGGGACUUUGCAAAGCCAGUUGCCAGGCUAUUGUUGACACGGGAACGUCCCUAAUUGUAGGUCCUAAGGAGGAAAUCAGAGCACUGCAAAAAGCCAUUGGAGCUCUGCCCCUGGUGAUGGGAGAGUACAUGAUCGACUGUAAAAGAAUACCUUCUCUGCCUGUCAUCUCUUUCAACAUUGGAGGGAAGAUGUUUAACCUGACUGGAGAGGAUUAUGUCGUGAAGGAGUCUCAGAUGGGUAUAUCAAUCUGUCUGUCGGGCUUCUUGGCCAUGGAUAUCCCGCCUCCUGCAGGCCCUCUGUGGAUCCUGGGAGAUGUGUUCAUUGGGAAGUACUACACUGUGUUUGACAGGAACGCUGACCGCGUGGGAUUUGCCCCUUCCAAGUAGCCUCCGGAGCACUGUUUGUAUGAAAUGUCUCACUACUCAUUUGUUGUAAUUUGACUUUAAAGGUAACACCAAGCAAAGCUACAUUUCAUGGCCAGUGUUUGAUUUGCAUUUGAAAUUUACAUAAGUUGGUUUCCAAUGAGUAUGAUGCUACAUUAAUAGCCAUAUCCAUAUAAUUAACUAGGAAUGUGGAUACUCUGCCACUGGACAAAGGGACAGCUUCACUGUGUUUAUUGAACCUGUGAAGAUGCUUUUGAGUUUAAGCUUCAUCUUUGGUACAGCAGGCAUCUAUCAGAGCUAUGCAUUUUCAGGCAUUUAUUCAGGCUUUUUUUUUUUUUUUUCUGUACUUCAGUUGCUUUGAGGGAACAACCUCAAAUUUUUGGAUGUGAACUUUGUCACCUUCCAAGCAACUGAACCACUUCUAGUUUCCAAUGUCUAAUAACCAAUGCUGCUUUUGAAUGCUGAAGGUAUCUCGGGAUGUUUCUUUUUAAUCAGGAUGUUUUGUUUUUUACCAAAUGUUGCACUGAAUAAAACUUCAAAUAAAUAUCUUGUCAAUUUUUGGA